CUAUCCACGUAUGCUCUUGCUUUUGACUCUGAAAUUCUUUAUUUUAUUGCCUUCUCGUAGCUGUUCUAAGUGUCUAAUUAUAACUUCGAAUUUUGAUCUUGCAGCUGAAAACGCUAACAGGCGUCCUAGACGAGAGCCGAGCUACGUCCGAAAAGGGGACAUCAACAGGAUCCUAAAAUAUACAGGCGAGCUUGGUACCUGAACAGCAGGUCGGGGUCGUAACGCCGAAGUGCUGCUGGGAUACGAUCCUUUGUAUAGAGGGGUUAUCGAUAGAAGGCUUGCUCACCCUAGCACCAGCACUGCUUCUACCUCCACUGCUCCCCAACCACGCAAUUCAAGGCUGCAAGCUGGUGUUACUCUUGCCGGACAGUCAGGUGAAGUUGCUAUUCCUGAAGGCGUACCUCAAACACGUGUGGUACUCAGAAGAUCUGAACGCAGGCAAGUCGUUUCCGAACAACAACCCGUUCCUCUCUGCAUUACCAGUCAGUCAUCCUCCUCCGGCUACUCACAAUCUCCCCCAACACCAGGUACGAUGACUCGUCAACCAGUAGAUCUUAGCACUCUUCUCACUGUCUCCACACGGGGACGUGGUGGUGCCAGCAGGGUGGCUUCAACUGCCCCCCCCCCACACACACAAUCACGUCGCAAUAGGGGGGAUCUGCAAGAUCAUCAUCUUCUCCUCGGGAACAAGAUAGUUCCCUUGAGGCUGUUAACGCUCAUUGGGACAAACGGCCUAGGUCUGAGGACCCAACUGGCACUGCUUCUCAAGCAGAUACUGAAACUCAUCACCCUACUUUUCCAACUACGCAAAUGCUUCCCCAGACGUGGACUCCUCCAUUUAUUAGGGGAGACCGUCCUGUUCACGUUGGAGACAGUGCUAGUUCAUCAGAAAUAGCACUUGCCCUGGCUCAAGGGUUGCUGCUCCUUGUUGAUUUGCAGAAGGAGUCCUCGUCUCCCCCUGAUCGGCUUGUGUCCACUGGUCUCGUCAGUGGAAUCAAGUUCAUCCAAAAAAUGGUCGUAUUGGGCCAGAAAUUCCAAGAAGCUGAGGCUGAAAGAAUUAGGCUUUUAAAUGACAAUACGAGGCUGCUCCGAACAGUCUCGAGAUUAGAGAUGGAGAGAGAUAAGGCCAAAACAGAUCUCUCUGAAGCCAAAAGUAAGCUUGAGGCCACUGAAGACAGUCUUCACCAAGCUAUAGGUGAGAUUGAUAGCACAAAAAAGGCUGCAUACGAAGAUGGCUAUCAAAAGGGCUUUGAUGCCACGACGGCCAACUAUGUGGAGCAGAUGCCAGCCAUUCAAGACCAGAUCUGGGCAUCUUGCUGGGAGGCUUGUCUGACAAAGGUGGGGGUCGCCGAGGAUUCCCCCCUCUGGGUGGAGAAUGAUCUUCCAAGCCGCCAAGCAGCAGCCCCCCUAGAGCAUGAUGGUUCUCCAAUUGAUGAUGUCGAUCAGCAGAUCGAUGAUUUUGCAGAUGCUGAUGAAGAAAUACAAGUGGAGUCGCAAGAUGUUGUCGAGCAUUUAUCUGUUCGGGAAGUAACCAUUGAGACUUUUGUUCCAGAGGAGAUUGCUGCUGCUACUGGUGGCUCGGCUGGAACUGAUAUUCACCCAGAAGUUCAGAACCUAGACUGAAAGGCAAGCAAGUAUUUAUAUGUUUUGUUUUUGUUGACUCAAACAAUAUGGCUGGUCCUGUGUGACCAUAGUAUUUCAACCCUGCGUGGUACCAGUACUUUCGUUUAGUAUGGUAAUACUUUUGAUAAUGUAGGUAUUCGGCCCUUUGUGGCAU